CUCCUGUGGGUGCUUCUGCUGCCUAACGCUCCACAUCCCAUCCCCUGUCUCCCUGUCCACACAAAGUUCUUGCUACUCCGCCUACUCCCUUUCAUUAUCCACUGGAAGUUUUAGCAGCUAUUUAAUCCCAACAAGAGGCAUUUGAAGGAAAACAAGAAGAUGACUAAAAGCAACGGGGAAGAUCCACGGUCAGGGAACAGGAUGGAGCGGUUUCAGGAAGGGGUUCGCCAGCGUUCACUGAAGGCCAAAAAAAAGAUGCAGAACAUAACAAAAGACGAUGUGAAGGGUUUCCUCAAGCGGAACGGCUUUGUCCUUUUUACAGUCUUUGCUGUCAUUAUUGGUAUUAUCCUGGGAUUUUCUGUCCGAAAGUAUCACAUGACAUUCAGGGAGAUCAAGUACUUCUCCUUCCCAGGGGAGCUUCUCAUGAGAAUGCUGCAGAUGCUGGUCCUCCCUCUCAUUGUAUCCAGCUUAGUGACAGGAAUGGCUGCUCUUGACAGUAAGGCAUCAGGAAAGAUGGGUAUAAGAGCUGUGGUAUAUUACAUGACAACAACAGUGAUUGCUGUGUUCAUCGGUAUUAUUAUUGUCAUCAUUAUCCACCCGGGAAAAGGCAGCAAGGAGAAAAUGCACCGAGAAGGGAAAAUUGAGCAAGUAACUGCAGCUGAUGCUUUUAUGGAUUUAAUAAGAAAUAUGUUUCCCCCCAACAUGGUAGAAGCCUGCUUUAAACAGUUUAAAACAAACUACGAGAAGAAACAGUUCCGAGUCCCCAUCCCGGAAAAUGAAUCGCUGCUGUCGUCAGUAGCUAAUAACGUAUCUGAGGCCAUGGAAACGUUGACUAAGUUUAGGGAGGAGAUAGUACCCGUUGCAGGAUCGGUGAAUGGAGUCAAUGCCCUUGGACUUGUGGUUUUCUCAAUGUGCUUUGGGUUGGUCAUUGGAAACAUGAAGGAACAGGGGAAAGCUUUGAAGGACUUUUUUGACUCCCUCAAUGAAGCAAUUAUGAGACUGGUUGCUGUAAUCAUGUGGUAUGCACCCAUUGGUAUCCUCUUUCUGAUUGCUGGAAAGAUUGCCGAGAUGGAAGAUAUGGGCGUAGUUGGCGGGCAGCUUGGCAUGUACACCAUCACGGUUAUUGUAGGACUGCUUAUUCAUGCUAUUUUCGUUUUACCCCUCCUCUACUUUUUGGUAACACGGAAAAACCCAUGGGUUUUCAUUGGUGGAUUGAUACAGGCUUUAAUCACUGCUCUAGGAACCUCCUCAAGUUCUGCUACAUUACCCAUCACAUUUAAAUGCCUGGAAGAGAACAAUGGCGUGGACAAGAGAGUUACAAGAUUUGUGCUACCAGUUGGAGCCACUAUCAAUAUGGAUGGCACUGCCCUCUACGAAGCCCUGGCUGCUAUUUUUAUCGCUCAAGUCAACAAUUAUGAUCUGAAUUUUGGACAGAUUAUUACAAUCAGUAUCACAGCUACAGCUGCCAGCAUUGGAGCAGCAGGGAUCCCUCAAGCUGGCUUGGUCACCAUGGUCAUUGUUUUGACAUCAGUCGGGCUUCCAACAGAAGAUAUCACAUUGAUCAUUGCCGUAGACUGGUUUUUGGACCGCCUUCGUACCACAACCAACGUACUGGGAGACUCUCUGGGUGCCGGCAUCGUAGAACAUUUGUCUAGGCAUGAGCUCAAGAGAGGGGAUGCUGAGAUGGGCAACUCCGUCAUUGAGGAGAAUGAAAUGAAGAAACCAUACCAGCUGAUCUCCCAAGAAAAUGAAGCAGAGAAGCCUUUAGACAGUGAAACAAAAAUGUAAAAGAUCCAAUCACAUCACACUUUCUUUCUUUGUCUAAUAGAAACACAGUCAUGCCACUUCCCUCUUGCACUCCAGUGUGAUAGCAAGAACACACACACAACACAAUGACAAUUAGCAGCUGCUAAAAUCCCCAAUCAAUACAAUAUAUAUCUUCAUUCUGUUUUAUUGGAAACAGAUAAAUAACAUUCAGCCUUUCCUUGCACAAAAAGGUGUUAAAUGUAGGGAAUGUAGAUGGGGGUUUCCACAUUCGGUAUCACGUUGCUAGAUCAACACUGCUGCAUAACAAUUUCACUCAAACAAUCUUGUAAACUUUACUCUCCCCAUUUACUAAAGUAUUAAAGUGUUACUUCCAUUGUUUUCAGGCAUUUGCUCCACAGCUCCUUGGCUUUUACCUAAAAUAUCAAAUAAACAAAAAUAUUUCCUCUUUAAGACAGACAAGGAACAUGUAUUUACACAGGGGUCCAUAAAGGCUGCUAAGUAACCACUUUCUAGGGAAUAUGAUAAGGAUCAGUUGGUCCAUGUUACAUACUCUAGCGUUGGAUUUGACACUGGACAGAAAUUUCUGAAGCCCGACGCUUCAGAACUCACAAAGCAUUGUAAUGCAAACACUGAAUGUGACACUUGUUAUUAUUGCAGCUUGCAGUUCAUCAUUAUGUUCCAUAGAAACCAUUGCUUUGUGUCACCAGUGACUUUAGUGUGUAUCUGAAUGUCCCCAAAACAAAUCUCUAAAAAUAUAGUAAUGUGGGACUGGCACAAUUGUAAAGUUCCCCCAUGAUCUCAUACUUGGCAUAAAGAUCGACUGAAAGCACAACUAUGUCCCACCAACCUACAGGAUUUUCAGAUUUGUACAUAAAGCAGAAUAGAUUCACUGAAAUCAAAGUCACAAUGGGAAAUAACUUCAGAUGUUGGAACUGAUGGUCCUAGUGGGACCUUUAAUAACUGGUCUGUAUAUAAACAUGCGUGAGUAAAGCGCUUUUCCUCUGUAUGUGCAAAGUAAUAUCCCAGAAAUGUUUCCAUGUUCUAGAAUGUACAGUUAACCUCUUGUCUCCUGGCUGGUUUGAACAAAUCGCCCCGGCUUUGGGCUGGAGAUGACCGGGUCGGGCAAGGAGGGUUGAUGGAUAUAAAGGCAUUACACUAUAAAACAGAAAGAUUUACAGUGCACACUUUUUAUUUUGCUAAUAUGAAUAGAGAAAGAAAUCUUAUGAAUUGUAAUUAGAGAUAUUUUUAUAAUAGAUACUGUUUAUGUGCGUGAAUAAAGUUUAACUGUAGCCAGUGCAAAAGUAACUUAGUGUUUUCCUUGACAUAUGUGAAUUGUUAUGUUAUGUUCAUGUUUGUCUGAAAUGUUAUGGAAAAAAAAAGAGAAAUCACCCACUUUGUAUGUCUGUGAUUCUUAACUAACUGUUUGUCAAGGAUAUCAGGUACUAUAAAAACGUUCUUGUCGCAAUUACUGGUUCUACUUUCAGUUGUUUCGGUGUUGAUAGGAAAAAAAAAUUAUAUAUAUACUUUGUAGGUGUAUUUUCAAUAAAAAAUAGAUUUUA